UAAGCUGUUCACAAUUUGACAAAACACACAAAACGCAACUGAUGUCGAUAAAAUAAUGCAUAUUUGCGGUCACUUGUACUCACAUUUAUUAAACUAUUGGCAUAAAUCUAAAUGGGUUGUUUUUAUGAUAAUCUGUUUUGUUCAAGAAAUUUACACAUACAAUGUAACAAAUUGGAAGUAUCAUUUCCCAGAAGAGUCUGGAAUGGGGUUGUACGCAGCUGUUGCAUGGCCACUCACAGAUAUAAAUAUUGAUGUUUUUGGUGCAGUAUUUUUUGAAGCUUAUUAUUCAUUACCUGAUAAUCAGACCACUUAUGAAUAUCCUCCAGUGAUUGCUGUGAGAUCAUUUGGAAGAAAGUUAGUAUACGACACGUUGGAAACAAAAUUAAACUCAAAAGGUUAUCCAGGUAAAGCGUGCCUCUUAAGAAGCAUCUGCGAGGCGGCAUCCUAUUCUAUGCAACACUUGAACGGAGUUCUAGGAGAUUUAUUUCACAUCCUAUUAACACCUUCGACGACCAACGAUACCAAUGAGGAUUAUUUCUCGGAAUAUUGGGAAGCAGAAGAAACUGGCAGUAAGACACAAAAUUGUGAACAAUAUAAUAGCUGCCAUGUUCUUCUGGUAAUGUGUAAACUCCAGUCAUCGCUACGCUACCUUCCACUACUUCUGGCAUUUUCGUACCCACCGUGAUGGGAACCAUUUCAUGGCCC